CUAUGUAGACCAGGCUGGCCUCAAACUCACAGAGUGCCAUUUGUCUGUGCCUCUGAGUGCUGGGAUUACAGGCAUGUGCCACCAUGUCCUCGCUUAUAAUUCUUAACAAGCUCUUGAUUUUAAUUUUUCUUCUUAACCAAACUUGCUUGGGGGAUGUCUUGUUUGGGUACGCAGUUCAUCUUGUGACUUAGCUGUGGGAUUUUUAUGUGAUCUGAGUAGGUAUUUUAGGAAAUCCCCAAAGCAGGCACCAGGUUUGGCUAACUUUGCAGAGCUGAUCUAGGUUGCUGCUAAAAGAUGUGGUAGUGUCCAGACUGUGGGAGACACCUCUCAUCAGCACAGUGCAUUCUGGGUAGCUGCUCUGCGGCAAGGCAGCCAUGUAGUUCUGGGCAGUGCUGUUAAUCCUGCUGCAUAAUUAGCAACUAGUGAGAUCAUAGUAUGGGGAGUGUCAGGCCUCAUCACAUGUGGGCCUGGCUCUGACAGCAUUUCUCCUCAGCAGAUUCCUGUCCUUUUGGAGCUUAAAUGCAAAGACGGAGAAGGAAAGAGGCAUGUGCUGCCAUGUUAGUGUAACCAGGGCUAAUUGUCACUUCUUUUCUGUUUUUCCCUGAUGGUUUCUCUUCAGAGGCCCAUGAGUGUAAAGCUCUUGUGUCCUCCUUUGCACAGAUACUGAUGGGAGACCAUGAAAGGCUGAGGAAGAGUCUGGUUUUAGUUUCAUUUGCAGUGCUGGGAUCAAACCUGUGGCCUUGGGUAUAUGAGGCAAGCGCUGUAACACUGAGCUACACCCACAGCCCCACUUUCUGGGUUUUGAAGCCAGUUCUGAUUCUAAUCUUGGCUCCUUUCUUUAGUACUAAAUUUGCCCUUUCUGGGAGCCUGGUGAGACACUUCACACUUGUGAAGAUCUGGGUCAAGGGUUUUCCUGAGUGCCAAUGUCCUUCAAAAGUGAGAGUCUGGAGCAGAAUUUCCCAAAGUGCGUUCCAGAGAUUAUUUGCCCCCUAACAUACUUUGGAAACAGUGGGUUCCAUAAUCAGGUUGUGAAAUACUGUACUGUUUUAUUCCAGCCUUUACCAUGCUUAGUAUAUUAAAAAAACAAAACAACAACAAAAAACCUAAGAGGUUCUGCCAUAGUGGUUUUCUAAACUAUUUUAACACAGCAGUCCUAUUUUCAUUCAAAAAGCUAUUAAUAUCCAUGGAACUAGUGUGUUUCAGAUCUACACUUGGGGAAAUGCCAGACUAUAUUAUCACUGGGAUAAACACUCGGGUCUGGCUUUGGUUUAGGCAAAGGUUAUGCAGUGUGGACUAGUCUCUCCCAGGAAUCCCUUGGAGUGCUCUCCUGUGUGGUCAGAAUUGAAGUGAGAGGUGGCCUGGGCCAGCAGCCUUGGGAGUGAGGCCAUCCCUGCACUGGGAAAGUGAUGCUGCAAACUCCUUCUAAGAGCUUGAAGGGGCUGAAAGGACACAAGGAAGAGAACACUGGCCAGAGUCAACCAAGAAAUGGUCUGGUCCGGAGGAGUCAGACCCAGUGCUAGGCUAGAAUCCUGAUGCUCCUGGCUAGCUGGCGGUGAGCAGCUCGGGGCCAUCGUGGUUGGCUCCCAAGGGAAACUUUUGAAGCCAAUGGAUGCAUUCUCGGGCUCCGGGCUCAAGAGGAAGUUUGAUGAUGUGGAUGUGGGCUCAUCUGUUUCCAACUCAGAUGAUGACACAUCCAGCAGCGACAGUGCUGAUAGCUGCGACAGCCUUAACCCUCCUACAACGGCCAGCUUCACACCCACAUCCAUCCUGAAGCGGCAGAAGCAGCUGCGGAGGAAGAAUGUCCGCUUUGACCAGGUGACUGUGUACUACUUCGCCCGGCGCCAGGGUUUCACCAGUGUGCCCAGCCAGGGUGGAAGCUCUUUGGGAAUGGCCCAGCGCCAUAACUCUGUACGCAGCUACACACUUUGUGAGUUUGCACAGGAGCAGGAGGUGAACCACAGAGAGAUUCUUCGUGAGCAUCUGAAGGAGGAGAAGCUUCACGCCAAGAAAAUGAAGCUGACCAAGAACGGGACGGUGGAGUCGGUGGAGGCUGAUGGCCUGACGCUGGACGACGUCUCAGAUGAAGACAUUGACGUGGAAAAUGUGGAGGUUGACGACUACUUCUUCCUUCAGCCCCUGCCCACCAAGCGGCGCCGGGCCCUGCUGAGGGCCUCUGGGGUCCACCGGAUUGAUGCUGAAGAGAAGCAAGAGCUCAGAGCCAUCCGCCUGUCUCGGGAGGAGUGUGGCUGUGAUUGUCGGCUCUACUGUGACCCGGAAGCGUGCGCCUGUAGCCAGGCUGGGAUUAAAUGCCAGGUGGAUCGCAUGUCCUUCCCCUGUGGCUGCUCCAGGGACGGCUGCGGAAACAUGGCGGGGCGGAUCGAGUUCAAUCCCAUCCGCGUGCGGACUCACUUCCUCCACACCCUCAUGAAGCUGGAGCUGGAGAGCAAGCGGCAGCUGAGCCGACCAGCAGUCCAGGAGGACGAGCCCACGCCCUCCGCUGGCUGCAGCCUGCCAGGCACGCCAGGCUCAGAGACGCAGGACUUCCAAGAGUUCAUUGCCGAGAACGAGACGGCCGUGAUGCACCUGCAGAGUGCAGAGGAGCUGGAGCGCCUCAAGGCCGAGGAGGACAGUGGCUCCAGCGCCAGCCUGGACUCCAGUGUGGAGAGCCUGGGCGUGUGCAUCCUAGAGGAGCCCCUGUCAGUUCCCCAAGAGCUGUGUCCAGGCCUGGCUGCCCCCAUUCUCAUCCAGGCUCAGCUGCCCCCAGGCUCGUCCGUCCUGUGUUUUGCUGAGAACUCGGAGCACUCAGCCGCCUCCCCGAUGAGCAGCCCGUCCUACUUGAACGGUGGGCCUUUGGUGUACUACCAGGUAGAGCAGAGGCCGGUCAUGGGAGGGAAAGCAGAACCUGCCUCAGAAGAAGGCCCGGCUUCCUUCCCCAAGGAGAAAGACCUGAGUGUUUUCUCCCUCCCCGUUACCUCACUGGUGGCCUGCAGCCCCUCUGACUCAGCUGCCCUGUGUGAAGCAGAGCUGGGGAAAACACCCACUCUGGACAAACUAUUGCCUGAUGACUGUGACCAUCAGGAGCCUGAGGGUGAAGACUUCCACCCCUCAUGGUCUCCCUCAAACCUACCCUUCCGAACAGACAAUGAAGAAGGCUGUGGAGUGCAGAACUCACAACAGAGCGAGGACCGGACCCCUGAAGACUCUGCCCUCGAACUCCCUCUGGCAGUGUGACCGGAGACAGACAUUGCCCAUUCUCUAUUUAUUAUUCAACGCCAUUUCAAAACGAGACUGCUGCUCCCAGGUUAUUUUGUCUUAGGAAAGUGGGUAGGAAACGGUUGGUAGUGCGUGUAUUUUGAAAGGGGAGAGUACCUAGGAGGCCAGCCCCAGCUGCAGAGCUCUCUGGGCCACCAGAGUGAGCUGGAUAGCUCAAGCAGCUCUUGGGUAUGCUAGGGCCAGACCCAAGGAUGCGAGGAGCUCCCUGUGGGGCUCACUGGCUCCUCAGACACCCGGUCUUGGUGGAUCAGACUUGCUAAAGGAAAGGCUGCUCAGCUGAGUCUGAGAAGGAGGCCACAGGAGUCUCCACUUCUGUACAAAACUCCCAGGAGUCCCAAGGUUUAUUCUGGCUCUCCCCCACCUGCAACUGGUAAAUAAGUUAAUUUUCCAUGUUUGUUGUUCCCUGAUCUGCUCUGCAGACCGGGGAUUCCUGGUCUGUAACUUGAAUUGUUUCUUUCAUAUGUGCUUAGGUACUAGAGUUAAACUUCUCUGCCUUUUCCUUUAUCCUUUUCCCUUGAAAGAAGUCCAGGUUGGACAGGAGCACGGUACAGAGUGAGGCUUGCGCGUAAGGCAGGGGUCCAGUGUGGAGCAGUCUGGAAAGCGACUGUCAGGCUUGCUCUCUGACCUUCUGCUCCCCCACAUGCUCCUGUUGGCAGGGCUUGGUCUGAAUGGAAGGUGCACUAGCACAGGUCAUCGGCAGCUGAGGACUCUGUGCCCACCCCCACGGCCCUUCCUGGUACUGGAGGCUUAGAGAGCUUUGGCUAUUACAGCUCUCUCCUAAGAAGGCCCGGCGUUUACCGGAUGGCCCCCAUCUGGAGAUUGAUGAAAACUGGAAGUCAGACUGAUUCUUAGUAAUGACAUAGGACUCCCAGAUUCCAAAGGAUUCAAGAUCUUCUUCUGACCUUUGAAAUGUAUAGACUGGGACAGACUCAACACUUACCUCAGGCAGUAGAUUUUGCUCCUCAUGUCUUAACGUUCCAAGAUCCCUGGUCAGCCCUGAGUUUUUAUUGGCGAUGCUACCUCCGCAGUAGGUGCAAAAUACUGGCCUUUUCUAUCAUUCUUUACUAACCAGGAAAGAAAAACAAAUGUUUUCUUCUGAUUUUUUUUUUUUUUUUUUGAGACAGUGUUACUAAAUAGUCCUAGCUGGCUAUGUAGACCAAGCUGGCCUCGAACCUGUGGCAGUCCUCCUGAUCCAUGCAUCCUGAGUGCUGGGAUUACAGGUGUGUACCACCUCACCUGGCUUUAUUUAUUUAUUUAUUUUAUUUUUGGUGGGGUGAUAAGGCCCUGGUGUCAUAAAGCACAGUUCAAUGCAUAUGGCAGCAGAAACACCUGGAAAGUCUAAGCCUGGAGACCUGUGCUCACUACAGAUACUCUUUAGCCCGUUCUGACACUUUGCCUUCCUCGUUUUGCUUGGUUCUGUUGUUGGGGUUCUUAAAGAAGUGCACAGGCUCUCUCUAUAGCCUCAUGAGUUACCUUAAGAGGUUGAGGUAUCCACACCCAGGCUAGAACUCUCAGAUCCAUGACAGAAGCUUAGCUGAGACUGGCUGAUGGGAGAAUCUUUUUGAAAGUUUGUUAGAAAGGCAGGGACUCAGCCCCUUCCCUCUUUAAGACUCCAACUUUCUUAGCCCUUAGAUUUGGAUUUUUCAUUAAGAAACAGAAAGACUAGUCAGCCACCGAAAUACUUUGUAAUUCUGUUUAAGUCUAGUUUCUUAUGCUGACUCUGUUCUGAUCACAGUACCCCCAGCUUCUCAGUGCUAAGUAUUUAGCAUUGACUGAUGUCAAGCAAAGGGCCUUUUCUAUAACGAGUCCAGCUCAGCUCCGGUGCUACCCGAGUUGGACAGAACUGUAGUCCCUGCUUGCCAGGAAGGCUAGGCCUUGGUCACAGCAGCAAAGCCAGCCCCUCACAGGCCUGGAUGAGCUGUGGCUCUGCUGUAGCCCACCACGCUGUCUCCUCGCCUACUGUGUGAGGUCCACUCUCAGUGUGAACCCAAAGCUUGUCUGGCUCUCUGAAAAACCAUUCCCCCUCUAGGUUCUUCACAUUGUAAUGAUGCUGUAUUUAAGAAGAAUAUUUAAAUGUAAUAUUAAAGAAAUACUCAAGGGUG